CGACGACGAUGAGGACCUGGAAGUAUUCAGCAAGGAUGCGUCGCUUAUGGAGGUGAACUCAUUCAGUCCUAUGAUGCCAACAUCUCCAUCUUCGAUGAUAAAUCAGUACAAAUUUGAGGAUGAACCAGAAGGAAAGGAUCUUUUCGUAACAGUCAAUGAUCCAGAAAGCUAUAUUACUGCCAUUGAGACAUUCGUCACCUACAGAAUUGUCACCAAGACAACUCGUGGUGAAUUUGACUCCAGUGAAUAUGAGGUUAGAAGACGCUAUCAGGACUUUCUUUGGUUGAAAGGAAGACUUGAAGAAGCACAUCCAACACUUAUUAUUCCUCCAUUGCCUGAAAAAUUCAUAAUGAAAGGAGUUGUGGAACGAUUUAAUGAAGAAUUCAUUGAAACAAGGAGGAAAGCUCUGCAUAAGUUUUUAAACCGGAUUGCUGAUCAUCCUACUUUAACUUUUAAUGAGGACUUCAAAAUUUUUCUUACUGCACAGGCCUGGGAACUUUCAUCUCAUAAGAAGCAGGGCCCUGGCUUACUUAGCAGAAUGGGGCAAACAGUCAAGGCAGUGGCUUCAUCAAUUCGAGGCAGCGCUGUGAAAAACCGCCCAGAAGUAUUUACAGAAAUGAAUGACUAUGUGGACAUAUUUAACCAGAAAAUCAAUCUGUUGGACAAAAUCUCUCACCGAGUUUACAAAGAAAAAAAAGACUAUUUUUAUGAACUGAAGGAAUUUGGUCCAAUUCACACUCUGUGGGCUGCCUCGGAAGAAGAUCUGGGAGAUACAUUAAAAGGAAUGGCUACUUGCAUUGAUCAGUGUUGCAAGGCUACUGAGAAAUGGAUGGCAGCACUGUCUGAAAGCUUCUUUCCUGUUAUACAUGAAUAUUUGCUUUACAAUGAAGUAUUGAUGGGUGUUUUGAAAAGAAGAGACCAGAUCCAAGCAGAGCUGGAUUCCAAAGCUGAUGCUAUAUAUAAUAAAAAAGCUGAAAAUGGCCAG